AUGGAGAAAAAACAAGGGUUCUUUUCGGCUUUGAGGGAGGAAGUUGUACGGGGUUUAUCUCCCGUUAGGUCACGUUCAAAGAGUCCCAGUCUACUUCGGAGGAAGAAGAAUAGUUCUAUUGAUAAUCCGGAGUCAUCGGUUCUAAGAUCUGGGAAUCUGAAACCGUUGGGUGAGACUCUGGCACCAUUGAUUGAGGGUCCGGAUCCAGACUGCGGGGAAAUCGGAGAUUCAAAACGGGUCGGUUAUGUUGGACAGUGGGUCAUCGGACAACUAACCCGGAACCCGUCAGUUUCCGCAGCGGCGUCCAAUGGGAAUGGGUACAGUAACAGGAACUCUGAUCUAAGGUUAUUGCUGGGGGUGAUGGGUGCCCCCCUUGCGCCGGUGCAUGUUAGCACCACUGACCAUUGGCCUCAUCACAGCAUCAAAGACUCUCCUAUUGAAACUUCAUCUGCACAGUAUAUAUUGCAACAGUAUACUGCUGCGACUGGAGGGCAAAAAAUGCUGAAUUCUAUUAAGAAUGCUUAUGCCAUGGGCAAGUUGAAAAUGGUAGCUUCAGAAUUUGAAACAGCCACGAAGGUAGUGAAGAACAGGAAUGCUGCUAAAGCUGCAGAAUCCGGAGGAUUUGUCCUCUGGCAGAUGAAUCCCGACAUGUGGUAUGCGGAGCUUGCAGUUGGGGGAAGCAAAGUUCAUGCAGGCUGCAAUGGCAAGCUCGUCUGGAGGCACACACCCUGGCUGGGGGCGCACACUGCGAAAGGCCCAGUUAGACCUUUGCGCCGUGCUCUUCAGGGUCUUGAUCCAAGAACCAUUGCAAGUAUGUUUGCUGAUGCCAUUUGCAUUGGCGAGAAGAAGAUUAAUGGGGAAGAUUGCUUCAUUUUGAAGCUGGCUGUGGACCCUCAGACUUUGAGGGCCAGGAGUGAAGGACUAGCAGAGAUUAUAAGGCAUGCACUCUUUGGUUGUUUCAGCCAGAAGACUGGACUUCUUGUUCAUAUGGAGGAUUCGCAUCUUACUCGCAUCCAAUGUAAUGGUGGUGACGCAGUUUACUGGGAGACUACUAUCAGUUCUUUCCUAGAUGAUUAUCGGCCUGUUGAAGGAAUAAUGAUUGCUCACUCUGGGCGUUCUGUGGUGACUCUUUUUCGGUUUGGAGAGAUGGCAAUGAGCCAUUCGAAAACCAGGAUGGAAGAAACUUGGACAGUUGAUGAGGUUGCGUUCAAUGUUCCUGGUCUAUCACUAGAUUGUUUCAUUCCACCGGCUGACUUAAGAUCAGCUUCCGUAAGUGAAGCUUGCGAUCUCCCUCAAGACGAAAGGAAAAAGUCAACAAUUUCCCUUGCUGGUCAUCGAGCAAAAGUUGCUGCUGCAGAGAAAAUUCAUGAUAGUGGCAUUGAAAGCAUAGUCUGGAAAAUGAAAAUCUAA